AUCCCCCCUCCGUUGCACUCUCAUUUCAGUCCAAAAUCAUGGAAUCAAGCACAACAGUCAAAACAGAAGAUGCCGUCAAGCAUUCCGAGCCCAUUCCAAUCGGUUCUCACCAUGCCCGUUAUCGUUCCGCUUCGAUGUCUUCUGCUUCAUCAGGCUCUCCUGGUUCUCCACCACAGCUUCAGACACCACUGAAUGUCAACCCCCCUCGAAUCCCCACAGCCUCUCCUUCUAGCUCUCCCAUCCUUUCUUACUUUAUGACUCAAUCGCCAAACAAAGGUUCUGCAACUUUUCCGUUCAAACGAGGCUUUGCAGCCUCUCCGGUCUUCGAGGAGGAGGUUCAGGACGAAUUCCCUAUUACUUCCCAUGCUCGCCGUGCCAGUACUGCUGGUCGCUUCAUUCCGCAGUCUGCCCCUGAUGCCCAACAAGAUCGUGGUGCAGGGUUAUUGAGAAGACUUUCUCUUGGAGGCGCAUUUAACAAGUCUUUAAAUGGCACUACUGAGGUCACACGCCCUCAAUCUCCACCUCGUCCCUCCACUCCACCCAACACUGCCGUCACACCUACUGGCAAUGGCAGCAGACUACCUACAACACCAUCUCGUACCAAAGGACGUCGUUCAGCUACCCUCAGCGUUGGUACUGGCCCGCGCAGAGCGCCUUCCCCUAUGGGUGAAAGGAUUCUGAAAGGGCAUUUCGAUGGCUUCAACUAGGAAGCCUUAUAGAUCUAUCUUAAAGCGAUCAAUAUUCUUUUCGCGUCUCAGCUGUUCACGCCCACUAUACCCGCAUUCGUGUGUGGCAGUAUGCAUCAGCAUCUUUAUUGCGCUUAGGCCCCAGAAAAGAAAACGAAUUUAAAAAAAAAACCUUGCCAUCUUGCAUUCUCCAAAAGAAGCAGAUCCCCGUUCUUCGAUGGCACACUUGCGCAUAUCUCCGCUAAUGUUGUUGGUCCCCCCCUUCAUUGUAUAACCAAGAAGCUCAGCGAUUGUUUUGGCACCAUCGACGUUAUCUAGCCUUUCACGCGAGCACGGUUCGUAUACAGAAUUCAAUAACUCCUUCGAUGGAACAUCAAUCACCGUCGCGGACAUAAAAUUAUCGCAUUCGGGUUAAUCGUUCCCCGAAUACGGUACAAGCAAUACAUUAUGUGUGUCGUGUAAUGGUUGAACGUUGAACAAUUGUGUGGUAUGUCGAGGGUAUCGCACCAUAUGCCACUCUGUAUUUUCGUUUUCAAUCUUGUUGCCCUUUUGCCUCCGCAUUCGUUGUACUACUGGCUCACCGGUUUUGUAAUUUCAUAUUUCUGGGGUAUUGUGUUGUAGGAUAGGGAAGAAAUAUAUAUCCAUUGUAUGCUACGUGUGUACCGUC